GACGCUCCUCGAGGAGCUUUUCCGCAAGCUCAGUAAGCGCCGCGAGCUCGCCGUGGUCGGAGGUGUCUUGCGGUUGUCGUGCGGUUGAAGCGCGAAAUUCAACCCUCGCGCCCCAAAACUCACCCGGCGACUCAAGCGCGCCAUUCCUUACAAGUUUUGAAACUUCGUGCGGCGAGGGGGAAAAUACCGAGGAACAGCUGACGCGUGAAUUGGCGAAUCGUGAUAUUUUGUAAAAAUCCACGUUUCUUCUUCUCGUUCAAAUAAAGCGGGAUGCUCGGCGGUUCCGCGUAGAAAGUUACGUCCACAAGAGGGGACAUAAAGGGAUUACUCCAUUAAACUCCGGACGCAAGUCGUAACUUUUGAUUUCAGAGAGAGAGAGAGAGAGAAAGAGAAAAAAGGGAGAGAUAAUUAAGCCGGAGCCUAGCAUCCCCCGUUCGGGUCGAUCGGACGCUUUGAUCAAAGAUAAAAACUUCGACUAUUCGAUGAAUAGGAGGAACGUCUGGUUGCGCGCUGAGGGGCACUUUAAGUUACUUCACUAAGUUACUCUGCGAACGCGGAGAGGCUCCCCGAUCGCGGAAGCUCGUUCUCGUGAGGAAUCACGGGGGUAGCUUUCGGCGGCUGACGUCAUCCGAGAACAAACAAGCAGAUCGAGGAUUCGCAGGGAGCAUCAUAUCCUGAGGCUAGACGAAAGAAACUGAGGUCGAAGCAGCGGCAACCGGCUGAAGAGGAAGAAGCGGAAGGAGCGCGCGAGGAAGCAGAGAAUGUGGAAAGACGUUUAGAGAGAGAGAGAGAGCGGCGUCAAAGGGCGAGACGAAGGGACGAGAGGAAGCAGGGCAAGACUCGGAAGCUCCGGAGUCUCGGGGGUUAUUACGGGCGGCAAGUUAGACGAGCAAGAUAGAAUUUCGAUCGGGGCACUUCCGGACCGCGGCGGUUAAGAGCCCAUUAAUGCGAUCGGCUUUAAUUAGCGAUCGGAUCUUUCGCAGUCGUAGCCCAACGCUUCUGCCUGACUCUGCGUGAUACUCAGGGUCCGCUAAUUGAGACAUCACCGUCUUCGCGGUAAGAGGAGGAAGGGGGGAAACGGGUGAAUCCAGCUUGUCCCGAUGCGGACUCGCGGCAUCUUCGGAGUCACUCGGCGAUGAUGACGGGUGCAGCCCUUGCGAGGAACGUCUCCGCGCACGUUGUCGACUGAUCGAUCCAGACUGACUGAUUGGACGCAGGAUCGAUCCCACGCCAUCAACCGGACGAGGGCGGACGAUGCUCGAUAGAACCACGUAAGGAUUCGCGCGCGCCUGUUUCUCUUCGCUUUUCUUUCACCGCGGAGGGCCAUCCGAAGAGGAGGAGACAAGAUGUGCGCGAGAUCGUUGCUGCUGUGCGUCCUCGGCGUCAUCGCUGUCGUCAACGAAUCCGAGGCCAGCUGGGAAGAAUGGUGGACCUACGACGGUAUUUCCGGACCUGCGUUCUGGGGCCUGAUAAAUCCGCAGUGGUCCCUCUGUACCAAAGGCAGGCGGCAAAGUCCCAUCAACAUCGAACCGGACAAGUUGCUCUUCGAUCGUCACUUGAGACCAGUGCACGUCGACAAACACAAAAUUUCCGGUCAUUUGCAUAAUACUGGACAGUUCCUGGUGUUUCGAGCAGACAGAGAAGCGAAGAUACGAGUCAAUAUAACAGAUGGUCCGCUUGCUUACCAUUAUCAGUUUGAAGAAAUAUAUAUUCACUAUGGGAUGGACGAUGAUUACGGUUCCGAGCAUCGUAUCAAUAACUAUGCUUUCCCCGCUGAGAUACAAGUUUAUGGCUUUAACGCCGAACUGUAUCAUAACAUGAGCGAGGCGCAGCACAAAAGUCAAGGGCUGGUGGCAAUUUCGUUAAUGGUGCAGCUCGGCGAGACGUUACAUCCUGAGCUGCAGAUCAUCACCAGUGUGUUCAGCAAGGUCAUACAUCGGGGAGACACCGCGCCCGUGCGCCACUUGUCCUUGAAAAACCUCCUUCCGGAAACCGACGGUUACAUGACUUACGAGGGCAGCACGACGCACCCGGGUUGUUGGGAGACGGCGAUCUGGUUGAUACUCAACAAACCAAUUUACAUCACGGCACGAGAGCUGUACGCCCUAAGAAGAUUAAUGCAGGGUCCGGAGAGCACGCCGAAAGCACCUCUCGGUAACAAUUCCAGACCGCUGCAGAGUCUUCAUUACAGAACCGUGCGGACAAAUAUCGAUUUUGCCAAGCGGGGGAAUGCCAAGUGUCCGUCGAUGGCGCAGGACAUGCAUUAUAGAGAUGACUUUUUUCUUCCAGCCAACACGUGGCGGGACAACGGUUCCCUAUCGCACAACGUUGUAUGAGGCCAUCCUGCGGCAGGACCACGAGAGGAGACUCUUUUCUAAAAGGAGCGGAAGGAUGGGAUCGUGUGACAGACGCGCGUUACAGACAGCAUGAGUGAGAGGAAGGAAAGCACUGAUUUUUAAAGGGUGAGGGAGGGACAGGAAGAAGAAUCUGUGCGGCUGUGCGUAAAACGGACGUAAAAUUGAUUGAAUGGUUGUAAACCGAGAUGAAUACCGUGGUGAUUUCCGUAUCUCGGAGUGGACGAACGGACGUAACGCGAGCGCCGCGUGUCACGAAGAAGUUACGAAUUUCAUUUGCGGAUGAGUUUGUUACCGAUAAAAUCGAGUUGAUUUUAUUCUCCGGAGUAGCGGAGUCAAAGUCAGUGCGUUGCCGCGACGCUAAUGUAAUUCCGGUAACGCGAGUGAUCGAGGGAGUGAGCUUCAAGUGUCUUGACGAGAGAUACGGAUUUCCGUUUGACUUACCGCUCGCAAGUUCACGCACGUCGAAGGACUUGUAACAGUUAUCAGGGAUGGGUGCGUAAUUUAGAACGAGAUGCGCGUUAUAUUAUAAACCGCAACGCAUAUAUAUAAUUUUGUAAAACGGACAAUAGCGCUUUCAGCGGACGAAUGAUUCCUAUAGCGAGAACAUAGUUGUCUUUUAAGAUAAAAAAACUUUUUUAACAGCCCUACCCAUCGCUGGUAAUUACGCACGUUUGUUCUGUUCUCACGUGGAAAACCGUGAGAAUAGAGCGACUGCGUGAUUGAUUAAUCUCGCUAAUGAGCCUGUGAAUCGAUCGAGUUAUUUGACGAGUUUUGGUCAAUUAUUUCGUAGCCAAGAGCGAUACGCAAGGUGAACGAUGUAAAGCGAAAACCGUUGCGAAACGAAGGGGGGAGGGAAAACGCGAUGGGAGGAAAUGAAGCGGAAGCGCGGGAAGAAGCGAGACGAUCGUGAUGGAUCUCGGGAGAAGAUACAGAAGAAGAAAUAGCUUCUGUGACGGAGAAAGGGGAGGAGGAGGUGGAAAAGGUGGUCGAGGAGGAGGAGAGGCGAAGAGCAAUUUCGUAAUAGCUCCGGGAUAGAGGAGAGUAGGAUAAUAAAGAAGGAAUGGUUCGGAAGGGGAGGAGAUUAGGAUGAGAGAGAAGUCAUGUGGUAGAUCAACCGCGCGGAAGAGAACGCUGGCUCUCUGUCCGUUAGCUUAGCCGAUGGACGAAUAAUCCAGCGCUUUUGUAUAUAAAAAAAAACACAAAUACGGAAAAUGUACACGAACAGACAUUACCUAAAAUAGACGUUAAGCAGCGAGAAAGACGAACUCUUAGGCGGAAAAAGAAAAAGCGUGUGUAUAGAGAAUAAAGUUGUAUCAUACAUGAAAAAAGUGAACGUUUAACAAUUGUGGUUAAAUAAGUAACGAUAACAAUAAAGGCGACGUUAUAUUGUACAGCAACCGCA